AUGUGGCCGCCCCUCAUCCCAGUGUGGGCUCCUCCAUCCCAGUAUGGGUCCCCUCAUCCCAGUAUGGGCUCCUCCAUCCCAGUGUGGGCUCCUCCAUCCCAGUACGGGUCCCCUCAUCCCAGUGUGGGCUCCUCCAUCCCAAUAUGGGCUUCUCCAUCCCAGUACGGGUCCCCUCAUCCCAGUGUGGGCUCCUCCAUCCCAGUACGGGCUCCUCCAUCCCAGUACGGGUCCCCUCAUCCCAGUGUGGGCUCCUCCAUCCCAGUAUGGGUCCCCUCAUCCCAGUAUGGGCUCCUCCAUCCCAAUAUGGGUCCCCUCAUCCCAGUACGGGUCCCCUCAUCCCAGUGUGGGCUCCUCCAUCCCAGUACGGGUCCCCUCAUCCCAGUGUGGGCUCCUCCAUCCCAGUACGGGUCCCCUCAUCCCAGUGUGGGCUCCUCCAUCCCAGUAUGGGCUCCUCCAUCCCAGUAUGGGUCCCCUCAUCCCAGUAUGGGCUCCUCCAUCCCAGUAUGGGCUCCUCCAUGCCAGUAUGGGUCCCCUCAUCCCAGUGUGGGCUCCUCUAUCCCAGUACGGGCUCCUCCAUGCCAGUAUGGGUCCCCUCAUCCCAGUGUGGGCUCCUCUAUCCCAGUACGGGCUCCUCCAUCCCAGUAUGGGUCCCCUCAUCCCAGUAUGGGCUCCUCCAUCCCAAUAUGGGUCCCCUCAUCCCAGUAUGGGCUCCUCCAUCCCAGUAUGGGCUCCUCCAUCCCAGUAUGGGUCCCCUCAUCCCAGUGUGGGCUCCUCUAUCCCAGUACGGGCUCCUCCAUGCCAGUAUGGGUCCCCUCAUCCCAGUGUGGGCUCCUCUAUCCCAGUACGGGCUCCUCCAUCCCAGUAUGGGUCCCCUCAUCCCAGUACGGGCUCCUCCAUCCCAAUAUGGGUCCCCUCAUCCCAGUAUGGGCUCCUCCAUCCCAGUACGGGCUCCUCCAUCCCAGUAUGGGUCCCCUCAUCCCAGUGUGGGCUCCUCUAUCCCAGUACGGGCUCCUCCAUCCCAGUAUGGGUCCCCUCAUCCCAGUAUGGGCUCCUCCAUCCCAAUAUGGGUCCCCUCAUCCCAGUAUGGGCUCCUCCAUCCCAGUAUGGGCUCCUCCAUCCCAAUAUGGGUCCCCUCAUCCCAGUGUGGGCUCCUCUAUCCCAGUACGGGCUCCUCCAUGCCAGUAUGGGUCCCCUCAUCCCAGUGUGGGCUCCUCUAUCCCAGUACGGGCUCCUCCAUCCCAGUAUGGGUCCCCUCAUCCCAGUACGGGCUCCUCCAUCCCAAUAUGGGUCCCCUCAUCCCAGUAUGGGCUCCUCCAUCCCAGUACGGGCUCCUCCAUCCCAUAUGGGUCCCCUCAUCCCAGUACGGGCUCCUCCAUCCCAGUAUGGGCUCCUCCAUCCCAGUAUGGGUCCCCUCAUCCCAGUGUGGGCUCCUCCAUCCCAGUACGGGCUCCUCCAUCCCAGUACGGGUCCCCUCAUCCCAGUGUGGGCUUCUCCAUCCCAGUAUGGGCUUCUCCAUCCCAUACGGUUGCACCGUACCAGUACAGCUCCCUCAAUCCCAGUGUGGCCCCAACAUCCCAGUUCAGCCCCAGUAUGGCCCUCUUCAUCCCCAUCACAGCCCCGCCAUCCCAGUAUAGCUCUUCCAUCCCCAGUAUGGUCCCAUAUGGCUCCAGUUCGGACCCCCCCAAUCCCAGUAUGGAUACUCUGUUCCCAUAUGGCCCCAGUAUAGACCCACAUCCCCAGUAUGGACUGCCCAUCCCAGUGUGGCCCCAGUACCACCCCUCAUCCCCAGUAUGGCCCCUGCAUGACCCCCCGUAUUCCCAGUAUGGCCCAUCCAUCCCCAGUGUGGCCCCGACCCCUUCAAUCCCAGUAUACCCUCCCAAUCCCCAGUACGGCUCCAGUAUGGACCCUGCAUCCACACUGCAGCCCCAGUAUGGACCCCCCAUCCCCAGUAUGGUCCCAGUAUGA